AAAAUAGUUGUUUAUAAAACCAAACAUUGGUUUUUAAUGGGUUUAUUUAAUUGAGAAUGUGAUGUGGACAUUGGUAUGCUGUAGAUGAGAAGUCAUUAAAGUCUGUGUUUUCUUCUACUCUUUUUUUGUUUUUUGGGGUUUUUUUUAGCCACGCUGUCGGGGUGAGAGUUCAGUAAAUACUGAUGAUGUCAUCGUGUGAAGAUGGCUGAAGGAGAAGGCUGGUGGGGAGGCUGGCUGCAGCAGAGCUUCCAGGCCGUCAAAGAAAAGUCAUCUGAAGCCUUAGAAUUCAUAAAGCGAGACCUGACUGAGUUCUCCACUGUGGUGCAGCAUGAUACGGCCUGCUCAAUUGCGGCUACGGCCACUGCCGUCAGAAACAAACUUGCAGUGGAAGGUUCCUCUGAGACUACAGAAAAAGUGAAGAAGAGCCUCUCUAGUUUCUUAGGCGUAAUAUCAGACACGCUUGCUCCACCUCCCGAUAAAACUAUUGACUGUGAUGUAAUCACGCUGGUGGCAACACCAGCAGGAACCACAGAAGUUUAUGACAGUUCAAAGGCACGUCUCUACAGUUUGCAGGCUGACCCAGCGACAUACUGCAAUGAACCAGAUGGCCCCCCUGAACAGUUUGAGAGCUGGCUGUCCACCUUCAGCCUGGAAGAUAAGAAAGGCGAAAUCUCUGAGCUUUUGGUCAACAGUCCCUCUAUACGAGCGCUUUAUACCAAAAUGGUGCCAGCAGCUGUAGCACAUUCUGAGUUCUGGCAGAGAUAUUUCUACAAAGUCUUCCAGCUGGAUCAGGAGGAGGCGAGGAGGCUGGUGCUGAAGCAGAGAGCAGAGCAGAGUGCGCACACAGAGACGCUGGGCUGGGAGGAAGAAGAGGAGGAUGACUUCCUUGGUGCCACGUCGUCAUCUCAACUCAACCUCACGCCCCCGUUGGACAGCAGCAACCUAACAGUUCCUGCAGAGGCCGCUGUGCUGAGUCCUGUCCUGUCUCCGAGUGAAGAGCGUGAAACCACCUACUCGGUCAGCAGCGACAGCGUCAGUCUGCCAACUCAGGUAGAAGUGCGGCCAGAGCCUGUAACCACAGAGCUGGCAGAGAAACUGACAGAGGCUAGCUUGGAGGAUGUUGUAAACAAGACGCAGGACGAGCAGAGGCCCGGAAACAGUGACUUACCUCCUGAAGCUCAAGCGGAGGCCGUUACCCAGCCCGAGGUCACAGCUGACGGGGUGUCAGCACGAGCCCCGGCCUCAAAACCGGAAAACUCAAAAGAAGAUGGACCGCAGGACCUGAGAGUUUUUGAGCUCAACUCUGACAGCGGGAAGUCUACGCCCUCCAAGAACGGCAAGAAAGGCUCGAGCACCGAUGUGAGCGAGGACUGGGAGAAAGACUUUGACCUGGACAUGACGGAAGAAGAGGUCCAGAUGGCUCUCUCUAAAAUCGAAGCAUCUGGAGAGCUGGAUGAAGACUGGGAGAACUGGGACUGAGUGCCUCGGCUACACGAACCCCGUCCCGCCAUUAAAGCUAGUUCUCCGCAGACGAACCAUGCUUAAUGUGUUUUAACUCUUUGUCCACUCUGUCACCAUGUCAUGAUUGUCAGUGGGGGAUUUUUUCUGGCGGGUUUGGACCAUAUUGGUAAACCUGUUGAAAAGCGCAACGGGAAGACCAAGGCAAUAAGAAUUAGUGCUCUGUCAGCUGUAGGCCUCUAGCGAGGGAAAUGACUCUUGGCUAUUUCUUGGAGUAACUUCUCACUUUAGAGAGCGUAUGACACUAGCGUAGGACAGGUUGUAAUCAUUCUGACCUUAAAGCUCGAGGGCGAGUCGGAAUGUGAAGGGUUUCACUGCAGCAGCCGGGGAGGAGCCGUUUCUCUUUACUUUGUCUUUAUCACAUAAAAUUCAUCUUGUAUAUGUUGCGAGUGUAUUUCCAGGCGAUGACUUAAAUGCGGGCUGAGAAAUAGCCAUAAACUGUAAUGCUGCUUGUCUCCUUUCUAAGAUGAAAUACUUUAAACGUGACUUUUUCUUCUUUUUUUCCUAUUUGAGUGAUCAUGAAUGACGACCCUUUUCUUUCUCAUCUGUUUUAUGCAAGUGAAUCUUCAAAAUGGAAAAAAACUAUUUUGGUCUUUUUUCUUUUCCAUCGGAUUACUUUUCAUUUUGGAUUCACUCCCGACGCUAGGUGUAUGGCCUUGUAAAACACACAGUAGUGUGACGAUGUAAUCCAAAUGUUUUUGUGACACCAUCUGAAACACAACCAGCUGACGUGUCGUUAUUCCUUCUUCCCUCUCUCCUCGUCGCGUGAUUGAUUCAGAUAUACGAGAUUCGUGUUGGUGACUGUCAUUUUCGAGUAAUUAUAAGUUGUUUAUCUAUUUGUCAUAUGUGGGCAGAGGGAGUUAGUUAACAGUCACAGUUGACCCAAUAAAGAGAGUUCAGACCGGUUCUGGUGUUGUGAUUCCAGAUGCUUUGGUUUCAAUUUGAGGAAGGCUCGCAGGUUCAGUCAGAUCAACAAUCCUAUGAUUUAUUUUUUAUUUUUUUUGUUUGUCUUCCUUGGUCCAUCGUCAGAACAAAAUGGCUCAGCAGGCAGUGUGCCAAGUAGAAGAAAGGGUGAAGUGAGCACGCUCCACGCUUUUCGGAUUUCCUUAUCCAUCAUCUGUAACGUAAUUGAGGAAAAAAAAAAAGCCUAGAGGUGUAAUAUUUAUACUACAAGAAAUGCUUAAUUAUUGUAUUAUGUGCUUUAGAUUGCAUGUCUGUGCAAUAACAUUAUGCAAAACAUUGUGCAGAUGGUCACUGUUGAGUUGUAUGUUUUGUUUCGUUUUGGCUGUUCUUCAGGUUUUGACGAUGUGUUGCAUGUAUAUAACUCUCUGCUGCGUGUUCCCUUCAGAAUCACACGUUGAACUAAUCAGACCUGUCGACUUCUUUUUGUUUAACGUCAGUUAUUUCACUUUAUUUUCCAGGUGAUCUCUGUCAUUAAAGGAUUCAUGGCUAACGA